AUGGAGAACCAGCCUACAGCUACCAAUAAAUGUGCUCAUAAACAAGCCGUAGCUAACUGCCAAAGUGGCAUACAAGAAGCCCAGAACACCGGGUGGCAAAGAAAAGCAGCAGAAAUACAAAGCUACGCUGACCAACGAGACCUGCGCAGCUUUUAUGAGGCAACCAAGGAAAUUUUUGGUCCCACAUGCUCAUCAGUUGGCGGACUAAAGGACGUGGACGGGGCUACAACCAUCACCGACAGCGAGGGUAUUCUGGCAAGGUGGAGGUUUCACUUCGAGAACCUCCUCAACGACCAGGUCAACACGCCAGACGAUCUCCUGCGAACGACCCCGCAGCUUCCUGUCCGUCACUGGAUGGCACUUUUACCCUCUAUCCAGGACUUCAACAAAGCCCUUAAACGCAUGAGACCCGGCAAAGCCCCAGGACCCGACAACAUCCCACUGGAGCUUCUCACCCACAGUGGCCCCGAGAUGAAGAACCGUCUCAUGCUCCUUAUAUUCAAGAUUUGGGAGACAAAGACCCUCCCCAGCGACUUCCGCGAUGCAACGGCCGUGACAACUGCAACAACUAUCGGGGAAUAUCACUGCUAA